UCAAGUAAGAAACUCAAAAGCCCAACCCCAAAAAUUAACAAUCUCGACCCAAACCCUCAUUUUCUCUCUUCCUCCAUUUCCAAUUUCCAUUAUUCGCAAGUCGCAAAAUCCCUCUUAAUUUGUCUCUCCAUCAACUAUCAAUGGCGGCAGCAAAAGAGAUCGUAAGAAAACCAGUAAUGGCGACAGUACGAUUAACCAUACCAGCAGGAGCAGCUCGUCCAGGUCCACCAGUUGGAGCUAUAUUAGGUCAAUUAAAGCUGAAUCUCAUGGCAUUUUGCAAGGAUUUCAAUGCUCGUACUCAAAAAUACAAAGCUGAUACUCCUAUGUCAGUCGCACUCAUCGCUUACAAAGAUCAAACUUUUGAUUAUGUUAUCAAAUCUCCGACAGUUUCAUGGUUCCUUAAAAAAGCUGCUGGUGUUGAAAGUGCUAGUAGUCGACCUGGACAUCUUGUCGCUUCAUCUGUUACUUUGAAGCAUGUUUAUGAGAUUGCUAAUGUUAAGAAGGAAGAUCCUGGUUGUAAACAUUUGCCGAUUCAGAGUAUUUGUAACUCUAUUAUUGGUACUGCUAAAUCUAUGGGACUUAAAGUUGUUAAAGACUUGGAUUGAAUUUUAAUUUCAAUUUCAAGUUUUUAGGGUUAGGGUUUUUGGUUUUUGCUGUUGCGGAAUUUUGAUUUGGAUUUCUGCUGUUGUACUCGCUCUUUUGUGAUGAAUAUUACUCACAUGCGUUUGAUGUAAUCUGGCCAAAAUUAUCAUUGUUUGAAUAAUUAGAUUUUUGUGUUAA